AUGACGGAUGAGUUGGGUGACUCAGAUAGCGGCUUCACUCUGGUUCACACGCAGGUGACAGGCGUGGGUACAAUCAUUAACAGUGCGGCUAAAAAAGACGGAGGUGGCUACAUUCCCACGCUGUCCGGCAGGAAUAAUGCGCUGACUCGGCUGCGCUCCAUAAGACCCCACGGGCGGCCACCAGACGCUCCUUUUGGCCUCCUGCUGGCUGUGUUUGUGCUGUGCCUGGUUCUGCUGGGCCUCCUGGUCUUUGGCUCCUGGAAGCUGUGCGGGCUGCCUGGCCGCAGUAAGGCCGUUUUCCCGGGUCGGUCUCGGAGCGUGGACGAACGCCCGCUGCAGCCGGCGGCUGGUCCCCCACCACACCACCACCAGCAUCGACGGCAACAGCAGCAGCAGCCGGCAGUUACCAUGGCGACAGAGAAAGUGAACGACCCUGUGGGCCGUAUGGGCUUCCUGGAGGCGGCGGUGAAGAUAAGCCAUACAUCUCCUGACAUCCCCACCGAUGUGCAGCUUUCCAUGAGGGAGCACUUCCUGCGCCGCACGCAGCGCAUGCAGAGGCAGACCACGGAGCCCGCUUCCUCCACCCGACACAGCUCCUUCAAGCGCCAUCUUCCCCGGCAGAUGCAGGUGGGCAGCCUGGACCUGGGGAACGACUACGUGUCGGACAAAGAGGAGAAGUCCACCAGCAUCGGCCGCAUCCAGCCGGAGCUCUACCAGCAGAAAACGUCGGAGUCGGAGGACUCGUCCAAGAACAGCAGCAGCAAAAACUGCGGCCGGAUGAACUUCUCCCUCAAGUACGACUAUGAGGGCGAGGCCCUGCUGGUCCACAUCAUCCGGGCGGUGGAGCUCCCCGCCAAGGACUUGUGCGGCACGUCCGACCCUUAUGUGAAGAUCUACCUGCUGCCUGACCGCAAGAAGUUCCAGACGCGCGUCCACAGGAAGACCCUCAACCCAACCUUCGACGAGAGCUUCCGCUUCCCGGUGCCUUACGACCAGCUGGCCGCCAGGAAGCUCCACAUGAGCGUCUUCGACUUCGACAGGUUCUCCCGCCAUGACAUGAUCGGGGAGGUGGUGCUGGACAACCUGCUGGAGACGUCCGACCUGUCCCGGGAGACCAACGUGUGGAAGGACAUCGACUACGCCACCAGCGAGAGCGUGGACCUCGGGGAGAUCAUGUUCUCCCUCUGCUACCUGCCCACCGCCGGCAGACUCACGCUGACCGUCAUCAAGUGCAGGAACCUGAAGGCCAUGGACAUCACCGGAUACUCAGAUCCGUACGUCAAAGUGUCUCUCAUAUGUGACGGGCGACGUCUGAAGAAAAAGAAGACGAGCAUCAAGAAGAACACCCUGAACCCCACCUACAAUGAGGCCAUCAUCUUCGACAUCCCCCCCGACAGCAUGGACCACGUCAGCCUGCACAUCUCCGUCAUGGACUAUGACUUGGUGGGUCACAACGAGGUCAUCGGCGUCAUGCUGUUGGGAUGCAACGCUGAGGGGCUGGGCAGGGACCACUGGAACGAAAUGCUGGCUUACCCCCGCAAGCCCAUCGCACACUGGCACCCCCUGCUGGAGCCCAAGAAGUCCGAGAAGGAGUGGAAAGCGAGGACGGCCAGUUUUGACAGCCAGGGCUCCUGCCCCUCCCCUCGGCCCCCGGCGACACCCUGAGAGGCGCCACCUGAGACCCCCUGCGGCGGAGGCGGGGGCGACGCUGCUGUGUCUUCUGCCUCCUGCCGGUCCACUUCCUGUCUGUCUGACUCUGUUCUGACACCCCUCCGUCUGCCCUCCCAAACGAGGCCCCAUCCUACCACCCCCACCUUCCGCCAGGUCACGUCAGGUCAGAGCGUCUGGUGUUUGCGGUUUAGGGGCCGUCAGCUAAAGCGGCUGUUCCUUGACGGGAAGGUCGGGGGUCGCCAGGGAACAUUUCUGGUGCAAAAGGGGAAGUCGGAGGAGAGGAGUUCCGAAAUUAAGUGUCACAUAUGAAAAAAAAUGUUUUUUGUUGUUCAAGCUGAGUUCGCAUCAUCGCAUCAACAACACGAUGACAUGAUUGAUCGUGCAAUGGUUGUUUUUCUGCCUAGCAACACGUAAAAUCAUUUGCUCUCCUGGUUAUUUUCACUCUUAAUUAAAGUCUUAAUUCAUUUUUUAAAUGAUAUCAAAUUAAAAUGGGGUUUAAACCAAUAAAAUUAAUGACACUAACUCAAAAUUAAUAUAAUGAAAUUAGCACAACCUGCCACUUUCCCUGGUUGUUUUACUCUAUUAAGUCUUCAUUCAUUAUUCUUUUUUUCAUUCAAACAAUAAAACUCAUGUAUAAUAUUAAUAAAAAUAAGCUAAAUUAAUUUAAUUUAAAACACUGUUUACCUUUUAAUUCAUUGAAAUUUAUUCAGAAUGAUAAAACUGACUUAAAACAAUAACUUGUCAUUUGAAAAAAUAUUGAAAUGAGCACCACUCGUUAGUUUUAGGCUUUGUUGUUUUUCAACAAAAAAUGUUUUGUGAAGUAAUACUCAAAAUUAAACUAAUUUCAUUGACAUAUGUUUUAUAUAUAUUAAAAAAAAUAAAAUAAAAUAAUUAACAUUGAAUUGAAAUGAAUUUAGUUUUCUAAAAAAGUCAUCAAAAUGAGCACAACGUGUUAAUUCUCUGUUUGUUUUCAUACAAAUCGGGCUUUUUUUCAUUUAGUAGAAAACGCAAUUUGAAAACAAUAUUCAUUACACUUUUACUUAAUUAAUUGAAUUAAAAUAGAUUAUGUUUGUAGUGAUUCAAGCAAAAUACAAAAAAAUAAUGAAAAUAACAUAUAUAACAUAAUAAAAGUGUUUUAAAAAUAAUCAUAAAAUAAUUCAAAAUCAAUAAUAAUAAAACCAAAUGACUGAAAAAGUAAUUCUCGUGAAUUGCAAUUGUUUUGUAGAAAAGUACGACUAUAAGCCCGCCAGGCCGUGACCUUCUCUGCUCGUUUGUGGUGGUUCCUCCAGGCGGAGUUUGUAUAUUUUCAUGUCAUGUGUUUUUAGCGCUUCGGUGUGACGAGUACAUAACCGUAGCGAUGUUUGGAGCGUAGCCUCACCAGUGGUGACAUUCCGAGGAAAAUAAGGCAACCCCAAACACUCCCUCCCUCCGUGGGUUUUUCCACUCUGGUUGUGAUUCUGUGCUUCACCCGGAUCCCCUCAGGCUCUCGUCACACUUUUCAUUGACGUUGUGAGAAGAAAUCAGCAUUUUGGUGCCGUGUUUCCCAUACGCCACAAAGUCUGCCAGAUAUGAUGAAGAAGAAGACGUAGCAGGAGGCUUGGGGUUUGAACACGCUCGAUGAGCGACAAGUCUCGUGAAGUCUUUUGGAGACAUCUCAACAGGACAUAUUUGUUUGGCUUUUCCACUUUUUGUGUUGUCAUCAACUUCAACUUGUCUAUGUCGCCCCCUAGUGGCCACAAAUGACAAGGAUUAGACGCGUCACACCCAUUUGUGGCCCAGCAGAUCUAAGGUCUGGUUUGAAACGUGUUUCUGCUUUUGUCUGCUCAAAACCCAAACAUGGACAUCUACAUUUAGAUGUCAUCUACACCUACAUCAAGGCAUUUCUGGAUUUGGGUUCAAAAGUCGUUUAUGCUGCCCCCAAUACAAUGCACAAAAUCGAAAACACACUUGUUUUCAAAGUCUAAAAUUGGGGAAAAAGUGGUCAAUGAAUCAGUGUGUGAAAUCUAAGUGGUUGAUCAGAUUCAAUCAGGGUUGGGUUUAAAAGUCAUUAUGUUGCCCUCUACUGGCCAAAAAACCCACAACCACAUCAGAAAUCUCAUUUCAUCCACAAAUAAAAGACAAGUCGUUUUCAAACUCUGAAAACUGGGGAAAACAUGGAGAAAGAUGAUCCGGUGUGAGGGCCGAUGGGAUUCAACCAGGGUUAGGUACAAAAUGCUGCCCCCAACUGGCCAGGAUUGGCACAUCUAACCACAUUCAUGCAAGAUUGUUUUCCAAGUCUAAAAACAGGGCAAAAAAUAGCAAAAGACAAUUGGUUGAUGAUCCAGUGUGUCGGAUUCCAAAAGUCAUCGGUGCCACCCUCAUCUGGCCAAAAAGACAAUGACAACAUUCAAAAUCUAACCACGGUUGGACGAUUGGUUGAUGAUCCGGUAUGUCAUAUCUACGGACGGCCAAUCAGUUUCCAUCAGGAUUGGGUUCAAAAUGGCCAAAAAAAACAAUGACAUUAAACUAACCAGCUGGUUUUCGAAGUCUAUCAAGACGAUUGGUUGUUGAUCCAGUCAUAUCUAAUGGCGGCCAGGCGGCUUUGAUCGGGGUGGGUUCAAGUCCUUUAAUCUGCCCCCGACUGGCCAAAAAAAAUGCAAAGUUAUUUUCUAAUGGGAUGAUUAGAUGAAGAUUAGACGUGUCAUCAUAGGAAAUAAAAAAGGGUGACUGAUGAUGUCGGGUUAGGUCCUAAUAUCAAAAACAACUCAACAGGAAGUCAUUUCUUCCAUAAUUUGUCUAAACCACGCCCCUUAUCUGACCGUAUGUCAACAGUGUCUCCAGGGGCUCCGCUUUCCAGACUGUGUAGGCCGCGUGCAGAUGUUUCCGGCAGGAUCUGUUUUCGACAUUUACUGCUGCGUCGGCCUGACGGGGGUCAGCCCAGUCGAGUGGGCGGCGGAAAAGCCGUGACAUUUAGUCUAACUGCCGCUCGUUGAGAGACGGCGGCGGGGAGCGUGUUCAUUGGUGGUUGUGUCAUCUCUCUGUCUUGUCAUGUGGCAUGCCCAAGCAAAAAACAAAACUACAACCCAAGUGAUUUAGUUUUCAGUUAGAGUUCCCAAUACCAAAAUGUGAACAUGACCUAAGGAUCAUGUGAUCCCUGUUCUAAAAAAAUCUGUCAGAGUCGGAGAACGAAGCUGUCUUUCAAGGGUCAAACUGAUGCAGAUCUAUUUCGUUUUCAGCAAUGCUGUGUUUGCCCCAUUUGGAGAUCGUAAGUCGAGUUGAGUAAACCUGACUCCUGCCGUCUCAGGAGUCGUUCGGGUUGAGGCCUGGGCUUCUACUCUGCUCAGCUCUCAAUCAGAGGGAUUGUGUGGUCGCAGGAUGGAGCCUGGGUGGUCCAGCCCUGCAAAAACAAGCCCGCUGACAGAGAGUUGAGUUGAGCCAGUGGGGUUCAAGAGAGACGGAGCGGAGUGUCAUUGGAGCAGGAAUGAAUCAAUGUGUUCAACAGUCGCUUCUACUGCAAAUGUUCAUCGGAAACAGAAAAAUUUCACGAACUUUGGCUACAUACGCCCUUGGAAUGAUCGGUACACACAGAAAAAUCAUGGUAAAGACCGACCAAUCACACUUCUUACGAUCUGUACCGUUGCCUUGACGCAGAAGCAGCAGAAACAUAAGCUAGGAUCUAGAAACAGUAAAUGGUCUAGCAAACCGGAACAUCCACUUUAUUGUACGUUAUUGUCCCAGUUCUACAGCAGUUCUACACUUGUUUUACUUUCAUUCGGGCUCUCCAAUAAUAUUUCCUUGAAACUUUGUCUGUUUGUUUGCUCAACCAUUGAAAUCAUACGAUCUGGUUUGAGUACUUUUUGGACUGUUAUCUCUUCGCUCUGCCUACCUUUCUCGAUAUGAUUUCUUGAUACGAUAGCACAGACGUUUCUUAUUGGACAUUUUGUAUUUGUAACAAAGAUGAACGUGUGUGAUGCCAUGAAGAGUUGAGUUGUUAUCCUUACGUUUGAUGACAUUCUUAUCGCCAUUCUAUGGGCCAAUAGCUGUUACUGUCAGACCGCUGUGUUGUUUUCCUUCCUUGAGGUGUCAUUUGCUGUUCUGGGUUCUGUGACCUGAUAUUUCUUUGGAUUA